UCUGUCUUCUUCUUCUUCUUCUUCUUCUCUGUCUUCUUCUUCUUCUCUGUUUUCUUCUACUUCUUCUUCACAUGUAGACAGUAGUGACGUGUUGAUGAAGUUUGAAAACUGGAUCUGUAGAAUGACUCUGUUUGUGCUUUCACCUUUUGCUUAUUUUCCUUAUGUGGAUCUCUUUAUUCGUGCAUUUUACUCUGUAAUCUUCUCCUGUCGGUUUGGAGCUUUGUCAAUAAAGUUUUUAGGCAUUGUAGAAGGUGGCGUCAGGGCCAGAUUGACCCACUAAGGGCCGAAAAUGAGCCGUGGUUUGAUUAAUAUAAUUACCACAGAGUCGAUAAUAAUGGUGUCUGUGGCGGGCUUUCCAGCUCCGUCUGUUCUCUCUUUGAUGUCCAUGUCGGCGUGUCGGGCUGCGACAACAGGAAGUGAGAGGACAGAGACUCGCUGCAGCCAUCUUCCAUCUCUUCCUUCCUUUCUCACUUUAAUUUAACGAGGGAAACCGUGCAUGAGGUUGACGAGGUCACUGUUGGACAAAACGGGUACCUGUUGGAGCAGGAUUUUCCGGGGAUGCGGAUCGGUCCGGAGCCGACCACCGACGGCUUCAUCGCGGUGAUGUACGGCGAGAACGAGGGCGUCGUCCCCGGCAACGCUCUGGUGGUCGACCCCAGAAAACCCUUCAGGAAGCUCAAUGCGUUCGGAAACUCCUUCCUCAACAGGUUUAUCUGCUCUCAGAUGCCCAAUCAGGUUCUUCAGAGCAUCAGCAUCAUCGACACUCCUGGUAUCCUGUCUGGAGAGAAACAACGAAUCAGCAGAGGUUAUGACUUUGCGGAGGUCCUGCGUUGGUUCGGGGAGCGGGUGGACCGGAUCAUUCUGCUGUUCGACGCUCACAAGCUGGACAUCUCUGACGAGUUCUCGGAGGCCAUCAAGGCCUUCAAAGGACAAGACGACAAGAUCCGAGUCGUCCUCAACAAGGCCGACCAGGUGGACACGCAGCAGCUGAUGCGGGUGUACGGCGCCCUCAUGUGGUCACUGGGGAAGGUGAUCAACACUCCAGAGGUGGUGAGAGUUUACCUGGGUUCCUUCUGGGCCAAACCCCUGCAGAACACGGAGAACAGGCGUCUGUUUGAGGCGGAGUCUCAGGACCUCUUCAGGGACAUCCAGAGCCUCCCGAGAAACGCGGCGCUCCGUAAACUCAACGACCUCAUCAAGAGAGCGAGACUGGCCAAGGUGCACGCUUACAUCAUCAGCUACCUGAAGAAGGAGAUGCCGUCUCUGUUCGGGCGGGAGAAGAAGAAGGAGGAGCUGAUCAUGAGGCUGCCGGAGAUCUACACCAUCCUGCAGAGAGAGCAUCACAUCAGCCCGGGAGACUUCCCCAGCGUCGCCAAGAUGCAGGACAUGCUGCAGCACUACGACUUCAGUAAGUUCCCGUCUCUGAAGAUGAAGCUGAUCGAGUCGGUGGAUAAGAUGCUGGCCACAAAGAUCGCGGGUCUGAUGGCGAUGAUCCGGGACGAGGAGUCCAAGCAGCCGCCGGCCAUGGUGUCGGGCGGGGCCUUCGAGGGCUCCCAGGACGGGCCCUUCGGUCAGGGCUACGGCGAGGGCAUCAGCGCCGGGGCCGACGCGGACGACUGGAUUGUCAGCCGCGAGAAGCACCGCUACGACGAGAUCUUCUACAUGCUGAUGCCCGUCAACGGCAAGAUCACCGGCGUCAACGCCAAGAAGGAGAUGAUGAACUCGCAUCUGCCCAACACCGUGCUGGGGAAGAUCUGGAAGCUGGCCGACUGCGACCGGGACGGCAUGCUGGACGACGAGGAGUUCGCCCUGGCCCAGCACCUCAUCAAGAUCAAACUGGAGGGCUACGAGCUGCCCAACGAGCUGCCCGACCACCUGGUGCCCCCGUCCCACCGCAAAAACCCCACGGCAGACGCCCUGUACAACCACAGCGAGGACUAGAGCGCUUAUAGGGCCGCCAAAGAGACUGGCUGAGCUGAGAAGACGUCCAAAUGUAAAAAAAAAUCGCCACAGGUCAACAUUUAUGCUGCUGCUGUUCAGACUAACAGGAGAACCAGUCAGCUACACGCCGAGGAGUUCGCCACCAAGAUGAUCUUCAACCACCGCUAAGUCAACCGCUAAUCACACGUUUAAAUAACUCGCCAAAACAAACAAAGUGACUGAGGAAAGCUGAGGAAGUCAAAAUAUUGUGCUUUUACUGUGGUAAGAUUUUAUAUAUUGCACAAUUAAGCUGAUUUCAAGGCACCAAAUAAGAAAAAUGAUAAUGUAGCUUCAUAUUUUACCAAUUCUGCUUUAAUUUGGAUGCUUUUAUUUUGAAAGUGAACAGUGUUUUGAAGAAAUAUCUUGAUAUUUAACAAACUUCCUGCCUGGAUUUUCCUUCCCAUUGCGCCUCUGUGUGUCUAAACGAGUAUGCGGGCGACAUGUGAGCAGCUUGGAUAAAAAAUCGAUCACGUACAAUAUGUUGACUGACUGUAAGUAAGUUGUCGGGCUCCUGGAUCGUCUCGUCCUCCCGGUUGUUGAUCCUGACAGAGUCCCUCCGCACGGUCAAAUGGCAGAAACAAAUACUGAUACUUAAUAAACACAGACUGUUGGCACUUGAUUUAACAAUCUGUGUUCUGAUGAAUUGAACUGUAAGGUGAAAAAGAUUUUAUUUGUAAAAUGUAUUUUUCCAGAACAUGUAGACACAAAACUCCGUCACCGCCGGCUGUUUCCGACACGAGUCCAAACUGAAACCAUAAAGCUGCUGAAGCUGAAGAGUUUUACUUUCCAAACAGAAAAGUCUUGAAAUGAAGACAUUGACCUUCAAAUUAAAUCAAUUAUUUAUUUAUUAUUUUUUUUAAAUCUUUACCGAGAAGAUUCAGGGAGAAUCAGGCCUGCAAUUACUUUCAUCACCAAGCUCAUAUAUUCAUUUUCUAAAUGAAUCUUUGAAUCAUUUACUCUCUAAAAUGUUAAAAAAAUAAUGUCUGAAUAACAGUCCACGCAAACACAAAGACAUUUUAUAUUUUUUCUAUUUAAAUAUUUUAUUACAAAAUAUUGUUGUCCCUGCAAAUAUUUUAGGAUUUUAACAUUAAAAAUGACUCGCUGACGAUGAAUCAAUUAUCUGAAUUGUUGAUUUUCUGUAGGUGGACUGACUGUUUCACUGUGUUUUAGAGUGAAACUCUUCAAAAUCCUGAAUCACAACAGUCAUAACGACUGUUACUGAAGACGAGACGGUGUUAGGAAGUGAAAUAACCCUUGAAGGCGACGCAACAGGUCGCAGAAAUACAAAUUUCAGCAAAUCAGAGAAACCCAACGAGUUCCUGAGUCGUCUGUACGUCCACGUUUUAGAACAGGAAGCAGUUACCUACCGUCUUCUCCACGUGACACACAAGCGCAGAAUUAGUCCCAGAACCAGGACGCAGGGUUUACAGGGUCUCCAGAGGUCAAAGGUCGCCUGUCCUGUUUGAACAGCGCACAGUCGGGAGGAGAUGACUGUGGAAAUGGCCGCUCGCUCGCUCGCUCUGCUGCUGCAGCUCGCCGUUAACUCGUCCUCCGGGACGGACGGCGUCCAGAAACGUGCUGCAGUCGACUGUUUGUGUCCGCUCGCUUCAGUUUCCUCAUAUUGUAAAGAGCAGCAGCAGAGAGGAGGAGGGCCGGUGACCUCUGACCCCUGCUGACUGCAUACUUUCCUCACUAUGGGAACUAACAGCUUUAUUUCAUUGAUUUAUGGAUCUAAAAAAAACAACUCCAAGGGAUAACAUGUUAAAGUGAGAAUAUUUAUUUCCAACACGGCCCCGAGAUGUUAAAAACCAAGGUGGAAAAAUACACUAUAUGGCCAAAAGUAUGUGGACACUCAAAUAUUCCAAAACCAUGUGCUUUCUUCUGGUUUCAGUCUUUGCUUUCAGCAGAUGCUGAACCUGCUGCAGGGAUUUGCUCCCAUUCAGACACCAGAGCAUCAGCGAGGUCCAGCACUGAUGUUGGGUGAUCAGGACUGGCUCAGACCAGUUCCAGUUCAUCCCAAAGGUCCUGGAUGGGGUUGUGGUCAGCAAACUGGGAAAACCACUGAAACAGGAAAGGGACAAACACAAGCUGGUGACACAAAGCUGGAAAAACACUGUUGUCUAAACUACCAUUGUAUGCUAGAGCAUUAAGAUUUCAGUUCAUUGGAACAGUAUGUUAAAGUGGACAGGGGUGUCCAUAUACUUUUGGCCAUACAGUCUGCAUAUAAAGUUACACUAAAAAUCUUUAAUAAUUUCAUCAGUACAAACUAAUCCAAAACUAAAUCUAAAUUCUACAAUACAAAAACGAACAUCUAACUAACCGUUCGCUAAGCCCCGCCACCCUUAGCUAAUGUAACUGCUACGCCUGUGAGUCUGUCUGCUUCUAGCAAGCUAAUUAAGCUAACGUUAGCUCAGUAAGUUGGUUGAAAAUGCCAUCUUAAGUAAGGAGUUUUGCUGGCUUUACUGGACUGUGAACUUCCACAUAUCCAAUAAAGAGCAGGACCGAGCCGCUACCAUUAGCCUAAACUCUGAUAGCAUCCAGGACCAGCUCCCACACAGUGGAUGUUCCACUCCUGAAUGGGGCUUUUUCUAACAUAACCUGUAACCUCGUGAUUAAUUAGUAGUAACUUUAGAUUACCAUUGUAGGUGGUAAGCUAGUUAGCUGGACAUGCUAACGUUACCAGCUGACGUCAGAGCAGAUAAACACAUGUUUAAUCCAUUCCUAUACGCUUUCGCUCGUGCGUUUUUGAUUUUGGAAAGGUAAACUAGCAUGUUUUUGAACACGUGGAGGAAUCCAAAGGCCGACAGAUGUGUGCCAUGCCUAGUUACGGUUGCUACGCUGUGAUUGGACAAUUACUGUAAGAGGGAGGGGAUUAGCGAACUGUCAGUUGUAAAUUCUAAUAUCCUACCGGGAAGCAAAACAUUUUCCAUUUGCUCUCAAAAAACGAUGAAAUGAGUCAAUGAAAGCAGCAGGGAAUCUUGCUCUGAAUGUGCCAUUUAUUACAAAAGGGAGUUUAUUUCCUAGAAAAGUUAAGUUUGCCUUUUUUUUUUUUAACCUGCCUGCCAUCAACCGCGGAUCCAGAUAUUAGCUGCACGACAACAACGUAACUAUAAACUCUCAAGGAGUUUUUAGUCUGAAUAUUGAGCACAUUGUGGCGUUAUUGGCAUAAAUCUGUGUUCGUUCGACCCAAACAGCCAAUGUUUCGACUGUACAGACAGUGCUUAGCUGUAGCUAGCUAUAGCAGCUAGCAAUGUGUUCACCAACUGUGUGUAUGAGGACCAUGUGCUAAUACUAACAUGCUUCCAAAGACAUUCAACUUUUCAAAGCUACGUUUGCACGUUUCCCCAUCCGUGCCUGUUCCUUUCAAAGCCUUUUAUAACGAGAUAGAUAACAGAUAAAAAUUUGUUGUUUGUUUUUUAGGUUGGGUUUGGUGAAAACAUUUUCGCAGCAGUGCCUUUUCAGUUCAACACGCCUCAGUUGGACGUGUUUUGAUGCCCUCUGUUUCUAUGACAGGACUGUAAUCUUCCUGAGGAUUCAGCAGCUGGGCGGCUUCUGUUUAGUGCCUUUGAAAGACAAAAAAUCUUAAGAGUAAAGUUUAUAGCAUUUCAUCUUUCCAUAAGGGAACAUCUGUAAAGCCAUCAGUCUCUGAUUUAAGGUCCAUAAAAUACAGGAUUUUAGUGAAUAAAGGAAAACGUGUAAAAUCAGCUGUCUGAUGGUUCAAGGAGCCUCGACAGAGUGGGAAAAUUCAGUUUUUAAUGUUUUCUGUGUGUAAAGAUGCUUCUCUCAGUCGGACUACAUUCAGUGAAAAUUAAAUCUUCAUUUAUCAGAAUGUAAAAGUUUCAAUGUUUGUGAUUUUGAUGUAUUUUGUAUUCUUGUUGUUUGAAUGUGUUACUGGUCAACAGUCUGUUACUCUGUCCUGAUGAUGUUUGACUGAUGAUGUCAUCCUGUUAGUAGCGGUGGAGACUAAUAAAGUUUAUUCAAUACAUGUACUCAA